AUGGAAAGUAACGGCAAAUACGUUCGAGCUCCGAAAGCUCCAGAAUCAGAGUGGGAAAUUGAAUCGAUCGGUCAUUCUGACCAGGUCCUAUUGGAAAAUUCAAGCUCUUUCUGCAGCGCUACUAGCCUAGAUGACUGCGACGUCGAUGAAGGCAGUGAAAGAAGUUUCGACUCUGCACUACCAGCAAGUAUUGCGGGAUGCAAAGAUCAGGAAGACAGCGAUGUAAUUCCUUCGAAAAACGUCCCGAUUGAACCAGACCAGACCCAUCAGAGCACCCGCAGUCGCCUCCAAAGAAUGGACAACGUACUUUGCGAUCUUUCGAAGGCAAUGGCUUCCAUUCAAAGAGCGGAACCCGAGCCAUUCGAACCCGAUCAAGAUUGGUCAACUCCAACGAACAGCGCAUCUGUAACUACAUCCUCGAGCGUUCGUUGGGAUAACAUCAAGCCUUUCCCAGCCGGAGUGCCAGCGAACCAAAUGUGGGAGGAGUGGAACCGUUAUAUAGAGAAUUUUGAAAUCGCGGCAACUCUCAGCAAUGCGAACGAUCCAGUUAGAAGGUCACAGUUGCUCUUCCUCUCAAUGGGGACUGAACUUCAAGGUAUCGUUAGAGCUGCCAAGCUCAGACCAAGUUUGAAGGAAGCAAACUGCUAUCGCAAUUUUGUUAGUAACAUAGGACGUUACUUCCAAUCCAUGACCGACUCAGCCGCUGAACAUGAAGCUUUCUCUAACAUGAAGCAACAAAAAUCGGAAACUGCCGUCGCAUUCCACUCUCGUUUGAUGGCAAAGGUUCGCUUGUGUGGGUACAGCCCAGCUGACCACGAUAGAUUCGUCCGCGCUCAACUUUUGAAAGGCUUGCGGAACAAGGACUUAGUGAAAGCAGCUAGGACGUAUGGACACGAUACGAAUUACAUAGUACAGGCGGCUACGCGGGACGAAGCCUACGAUGCGGAAAUGGCCAUGACAGAGAGCUUCGAGUCCUCGUAUUCAGUACACCGUGUACACCGAAAGCCGACAAUAGCGGAAUCGAUCAAAAACCGUGCAAGGCCCUUCGAUAAAGUUGGCAGACCAGAGGCGAAGCGUUUUCGGGGCAACCGAUACGCCGAACAACGAUACUCACAGGAACCAAGUCGUCGUUUUCGUUGUCGCAGAUGUCACGGACACUCGCAUUCCAAUUUGCCGUGCCCAGCACUGAACAGGAAUUGCAACAUUUGCGGAGAGCGAGGUCACUUCGCAGCAGCCUGUCGGCGAGCACGUGUGCGGCAGCUCCAAAUCAAAUCCAGCGCAUCGCCUACACGGGACAGUCGUGCGAAUGAGACACAGUAUGUGAACACUUUAUCUCUGGCAGACGUUAUGGUGAAGUGUUCCAUAGGCUCGUCAAGUCCCAUCCUGUUGCUUAUUGACUCGGGUGCGGAUGUAAACGUUAUUGGAGGAAAGGACUGGUGUCGUCUCAAACAAGAAUAUGAAUCUGGCUUGGUAAAUCUCAAUGUGAUUGAACAGUCAAACUCGAAAGGCAUCUGUGCAUACGGCACACGGACCCCCAUGAUCGUAGAAGCUUCUUUCGAGGCCCAGGUCGUUGCAAUAGACUGCGGAAUGUCUUCCAUAAAGGCUGUGUUUCACGUCGUACGCAACGGAUCUAGAUCGUUGCUUGGCCGAUCUACUGCCAGCGAUAUGGGGCUAUUGCAUGUCAAAACGUCAGUUAACAAUCUUGAAGAUGUUAGCAAUGCCAAAGUAUUUCCGAAAAUGCCUGGAAUCGAAAUAAAAUUCAGCAUUAAUGAUUCCGUACAGCCGGUUCGAAACGCGUAUUACAAUGUCCCCGCCGCGUUUCGAGAAGCUGCGAAAAAGAGGCUUGACGAAAUGGAGUCACAGGACAUAAUCGAAAAAGUGACCGGCGCCCCGAUUUGGAUUAGCGGAAUGUCCGCAGUCGCUAAGGGAAAGGACGAUUUUCGAUUAGUCGUCAAUAUGCGAGGCCCAAAUCGAGCGAUAAAUCGGGAGUACUUCCGACUACCACUGAUCGAGGAGAUGAAGACAAAACUCCAUGGUUCCAAAUUUUACACUAAACUCGACCUCAGCAACGCAUUUUAUCAUCUGGAACUCCACCCCGAAUCUCGCGAACUCACCACCUUCCUAACAGAGAACGGUAUGUAUCUAAAAGCAGCCUAG